GAUGCCGCAUGAUGGCCGCCAGCUUGGAGAGUCUGACACGCGGCUCGAUGCCAGCUUGCAAGCUUUCGCCAACCAGCCAAUGGCAGGCUACGUGCAGCGUGCACCCCCGAGCUUGCCUGCCACACGUGCGGUGUCAGGCUACCAGAUGCAGCUGCAGCCGCAGAUGCAACUGCAGCCGCAGAUGCAGCUGCAGCCGCAGAUGCAGCUACAGCCGCAAAUGCAACUGCAGCAGAUGCAGUCGCCUCCGGUAUGGCAGGGGCCCAUCGUGCAAGGGCCCACGUACACCGACCCACAGAGCACAGCCGCAGUCACAAUGGGUGGGGUGAGCUACGCUGUGAUGCGCUCGGCCACAAAUGGCGCGGUGGCAACGGUGCAUGCAGGAAGACCUGCACGCAAGUCGACGUCCUUCGUCAUGCAGGCGCAAGCGCAGGGUCAAGUUACCGGGCAGCGCUUCCAGCAUCCGCGGACCCAGUCAUUCACUGUCCACCGGAGCGCG